UUGGAGAAGUAACCGGCAGGAACUUGCAUUAUGCUCAGUGGGAUUUUCUGGGAAGAUGAGCAACAACAUAGGAAGAGAUGUCAUAUACUAUCAAGUCACGGACCCAAGUGACAAUGCGUUGGACCCCAAACCGGGAACUUUGAGAUAUGGGGUUACCAUGAUCAAAGGGAAAAAGUGGAUCACCUUCCAGAGGGACAUGCACAUUAGGCUUGACAAACCACUUCUCAUUAGUAGCUUCACUGCCAUUGAUGGAAGAGGUGCUAAUGUUCACAUUGCUGGUAAUGCAUGCUUGCUGGUCUUUCAGGCAAGCAAUAUAAUCAUCCAUGGCCUUCGAAUCCAUCAUUGCCGACCCCAACCACCAAGCUCAGUUAUGGGUCCAGAAGGAAAGAUAAUACCAAUAGGGCAGGUUGAUGGAGAUGCAAUAAGGUUGGUAACAGCAUCAAAGGUUUGGAUAGACCACAAUACACUCUACGAGUGCCAGGACGGUCUUCUCGAUGUUACUCGCGGAUCUACCCAUAUCACCAUCUCCAACAAUUGGUUCAGAGACCAGGACAAGGUUAUGCUUCUCGGCCAUGAUGAUGGCUACUUUCGGGACAAGAACAUGAGGGUGACCGUUGUGUACAACCAUUUUGGACCCAACUGCAACCAAAGAAUGCCAAGGAUUCGCUAUGGAUAUGCACAUGUCGUGAAUAACCUUUACAGAGAAUGGUCGCAGUAUGCCAUUGGCGGAAGCAUGAACCCUAGUGUUAAGAGUGAAGCCAACCUCUUCAUUGCACCAAAAUCGGGAAACAAGAAAGAGAUCACUUGGAGGAAGGACAGCAUUGGAGACAAAGAAUCCUGGAAGUUUUACUCUGUAGGAGAUAUCUUCGAAAAUGGGGCUUCUUUCGUGGAAACAGGUGCCGGCAGAGCAAAGCCAAACUAUAACAGAGAACAAACUUUCCCAGUUGUUAAUGCCAAAUCUGUCCGCUCAUUGACAAGGUCAUCUGGUGCUUUGAUAUGCAUCAAAAGAUCCAGAUGCUAAUUAAUUAAGGCAUAGGCUCAUGCGAUGCAAUGUGGAGAUGCUAAUUAAUGAAGGCAUAGGAAAAUAAAUUGUAUGUCAGCUAAAAAAAGGUGAACAAUUGUAUAGUGGAUAUAUAAAUCUCAUCUCCCUCCUAUAGUAAUGCAAGAUAUAUAUAUAUAUAUAUAUAUAGCAGUUUGUGACCAAACAAAAUACAAUUAAGGCCAUUACCCAAGACUAUACUUAUUUUACGAUUGAUUUUUAUUAGUGAUCAGGACUGGCACACAGAUGAAAUCUACCCCUACAGAGAUCAAAAUUAUGUCAUUUAUAUCUAUAGACUUCAAAUCUAAAUCCAAAUCCAAAUCCUCUCUUCCAAAUGGACAACUUGUCCCUUGUAUUGUUCUGUCCUCUUCUUAAUGAAAUUAUGUUUCUUAUUACAAACAAAAACAAAAACAAAACAAAAAAAAAAAAAGACAAUGAAAUAACUGAGAGAGAAUUAGGGGCCGUUCGGUGGUGUUUUCGGAGGCCGUUUUCCGUUUUCAUUCUCAGAAAACAUUGAGAUUUCUGAAAUUAUUUUCAAACUUUUAGUUAUAAUUCACUGAAAACGCAGAAAACAUCAAAAGGAUGUUUUCAUUUUUAGAGAAUAUGAAUUAACUGGGAAAAAAACAGUGCAGAAGCCACCAUCAUAACCACCCAACAGCCACUAAAGGCCAAUCGAACCACAAUCACGACAACAGACCAACCAGUUGCUAAUCGCAUCACCACCCAGUCGAACCCAAUAGACCUAACCAUCAAUACCACUUGUACCAAAUCGAAGUACCACCACCUACUCAGCAAACUGCCAAGAGGGGGAGAGAGAGAGAGAGAGAGAGAGAGAGAGAGAG